UUGGUGUUUGACAGGAGAGGGGACAGUGCUGGGGAGAGCCCAAGCAAGUUCUUCAGCGAUGAGGACAACACAGAUGACUACGAGACGAUGCAGAACUUCCCUCGACUGUGCUCCAGUUUGGAUGACCUUCGCCUGGCCACGCUGACGGGAGAUGAUUCAGCGGACGGGGAGGGGAGCGGUCUCUCCGAGAGGGUGCUGGACAUACAGAUCUCCUCUGCCCCUCCCACCAGCUGCGCAGUGGAGACCAGUCAACUCUGCCCACUCAUUAAAUCCGGGUGGCUGGACAAGAAUCCACCGCAGGGCUCCUACAUUUACCAGCGACGUUUUGUCCGACUGGAUGCAGACUAUUUGAGAUACUUCGAGAAUGAGAAGGAAGUUUACUCCAAGCGAGUUAUCUCCGUCAGAUCCAUCACUCGGGUCUCCUACGUCGGUGAGCAGAAGUUCGAGGUCGUCACGUCCAACCGGACCUUUGUGUUCCGGGCAGAGAGUGACGGAGAACGGAAUGACUGGGUGCGAGUGAUCCAGCAGACGGUGGAGGAGAGGAAGGAGAGGCAGGAGCUGAGGGGGACUCGGGUCUCCGAUUACUUCCUGCGGGAAAGCAUCUCAGAACUGGGAGAGAAGUAUGGAUACCUGGAGCUGCGGGCUUCCCGGAAUAAGGUCUAUGUGUCCAUCCGUGGGGACAAGGUGUGGCUGUACAAGAACGAGGAGGAUCACCGGCUGGGAAUCGGCAUCACGUCGGUGGAGAUGAACGUGGCCACGGUGAAGGAGACGGACAGGCGGGGAUUCGACCUCACCACACCGUACAGAACCUUCAGCUUUGUGGCGGAGUCGGACUCGGAGAAGGACGAUUGGGUUGAGGCGCUGAGGGAGUCCACGGCCGAGGCCCUGUCCAACUACGAGGUGGCGGAGCAGAUCUGGGCAUUGGAGCCGAACACUGUGUGUGUGGACUGUGGGAUCCCCAAACCAGAGUGGGCCUCCAUCAACCUGUGUGUGGUCAUGUGCAAGAAGUGUGCAGGGGAGCACCGAGCUCUGGGACCAGGGAUCUCCAAAGUCAGGAGCCUGAAGAUGGACAAGAAAGUGUGGACCAAGCAGCUGAUUCAGCUGUUCCAGUAUAUUGGGAAUCGGAAGGCCAAUUGCUUCUGGGCAGCCAACGUGCCACCGAGCGAGGCCAUCUACGAGAGCAGCAACAGCAUGGACCGCAAGCACUUCAUCAGCGCCAAGUACCGGGAAGGGAAGUACCGCCGAUACCACCUGCUGUUCGGGAACCAGGAGGAACUGGACAAGGCACUGUGCGCGGCCGUGGUGACCAGUGACCUGGAGGAGACGAUGUCGCUGGUGUUCUGUGGGGCGGACACCGGCUGUUUCUCGGGAGACCCCAGUUACCCGACCCCCAUCGAUCUUGCUCAGCAGGCUGGCCAGGUGCUGCAGGUGGAGUUCCUCCUCCAGAACAGAAACUCAGAGACCCCCCGCUUGGAGUUAAGCAACAUAGACAAGCAAUACUACGUGGCCCCCCAGUCCAUCACUCACAAUGGCUUCCUCUACAAGACCGCCUCGGUGGGAAAGCCAAUCACAGAGAGGAAGUCCAAAGAAGAGUUCAGCAAGCGGUGGUGCGUUUUGGACAAUGGCGUGCUCAGUUACUACGAAAGUGACAGGAACUCCACACCCAAUGGAACGAUCGACAUGCGUGAGGUGGUGUGCCUGGCCCUCAGCAGCCCUGCUGCCCACGGGUUUGAACACACGUUUGAGGUUUUCACGGACUCGGAGCGCCUGUUUAUGUUUGGGACGGACAGUGCAGAGUCCAUUAAAGAGUGGGUCAAAUCCAUCGCCAAGUCCUUCCUCCCUCCGGCCGUUGACCUGAUGGACCACGACUUUGAGAGGAUCGGCCGGCUGCUCUACAAGGACGGUCUGAGCCUGGAGCAGGCCAAGCUGGGCUGGUUCGCGCUGGAGAAGUCCACGCUCUACGUCUGGUUCAAGGACUCAGACAAGGAGGAGGUCAUCAACCUCCGCAAGCUGCAGGAGUUGUCGGAGCAGUCCGACCACGAGGUCCUGGUGUUGGUGGAGAAGAGGCGGACUCUGUACAUCCAGUCGGAGAGGAAGCUGGACUUCCUUGGAUGGGCAGCAGCUAUCCAGAAGGCAGCGGACAGCACUGGCAACACCUUGUCUGAGCAGCAGUUGACGGAUGAGGACAUUCCUGUUCUGGUGGAACGUUGCGUGGCGUACAUCACGCAGUACGGCUUAACUUCCGAAGGCAUCUACAGGAAGAGCGGGCAGAAAUCAAAGACCACCAGCCUGCUGGAGAUGUUCCUGAAGAAUGCUCGCAGUGUCCGGUUGAGGGAAGGGGAGCAUCAAGUCGACGACGUGUCCAACACUUUGAAACGGUUCUUCAGGGAGAGUAUUGGAGAGAGUAUCUUCACGGACAACGCAUACCAAGACUGGCUCCACACAUCAAUGAUUCCCGAAGAGUGGUUGAAGAUUCAGCAGUAUCAGCAACUCUUCUCCAACCUGCCUAGAGUCAACCGUGCCACGCUCAAAGCCCUGAUCAACCAUCUCUACUGUGUACAGAAGGUGUCCGACAAGAACCAGAUGACCACGCACAACCUGGCCAUUGUCUUUGGGCCCACGCUGUUCCAGACCGACGGCCAGGACAACAAGGCCGGCCGGGUGGUCGAGGACCUUGUCAACAACUUCAUCCACCUCUUCAACGUGGACGAGCAACAACUGAAGCGACAGCUGGACGAGAUCGUCAGCAUCAUCCGACUGCGGGACACCUGCGUGAUGCAGUCCGGCCAGAAUGCCGGGGACUUUAUCUGCACCGUGUACCUGGAGGAGAAGAAAGCCGACUGCGAGCUGAGUCUGAAGGUCCCAGCCACCAUGACUGCCCAGGAGUUGACCAACGACGUUUUGUAUCUCCGCAAGCUAAUUACCAAGGAGAAGGACAACUGGUGUUGCUUUGAGGUGAUCGACAGGGAGGAAAUGGAGCGCCCCCUCCAUCAUACGGAGAAGGUGUUACCCAUCCUGCACUCGCUGGGUGCCGACAGCUACAUGGUGGUGAAGAAAAACACGGCCAUAGAAACCAUGCUCAUGUACCUGGGCAGUAAGGUUGCGGAUCAGAAGCACGGGAUGGUGAGGUUCCGGGAGGAACGGAAGCUGGGCCUGGGCACCGGGAGCUUCAGCGACCGUUACUUCAUGCUGACCGACGGCAUCCUCCGACUCUUCAAGGAAGUGAGGAGUAACAAGCCGGACAAGGAGUGGCCCGUCAAGAGUCUAAAGGUCUACCUUGGCGUGAAGAAGAAGCUGAAACCACCGACAUGUUGGGGAUUCACCGUCAUAUAUGAAAACAAAGAGAAGCACGAGAGGCAGCAGUGGUAUCUGUGCUGUGACACACAGAUGGAGCAGAGGGAGUGGAUGGCAACCUUCCUGUAUGUCCAGCACGACGGCAUCAUCUGGCCCUCGAAUUCCGUGUGCUCCCGGAGCUCCCGCCAACCCUCGGAAUCCAGGCUAGGAAACGUCUCCCUGAUCCCGUUACGGGGCAGUGCCAAUGAAAUGAGGAACAGCGUGGCUGCUUUCGCUUCUGACCCACUCUCCAUCUUUAAGAAGGUAUGAAAUCUCGGCCUCAGCUCAAGGGGGCUCAGGAAUCUGCAACCAGAGCAGCUGAACCGAAAGAAGUGGGUUGUCUGCUGAGAAGAGAGCACGAAUAAAUGGAUGUCGGAGAUUAGAGACCCCUGAGCUUGGGAACACCAUAGAACUGACACUAGAGGCGAGGGAGACUCUGGAUUGUGCAGGCUGUCAACAAGGAGAAAGAACCUUAUUUAAAAGAUUUGAAUACAUUAUGUAAAACUGUUGUAGCAUAGAUAACGUUAAAUGUGAUCUGUACAUAUUUUUCAUUCUCCAUCCUCUUGGGACAAGCUGAGAAUCGGUUUAUUUAAUUCAUUCCUGAUUUCCUUUGUGCCAUUGUCUAGUCUGUGAAGCGGUCGGCCAAAUGUGAAUAGAUUGGGAAGAAACCAA